UGUUAAUCCUAUAGCUACAUAUUUUAGAGCAAUUGAAUUAAUAAUAGUGUUUAUUCACCUUUGUUGUUUUCUUUGUAUAUAACUAAGAACAUUUUCAAAACAGCGUAUAUUUGACUUUUAAAUUUAAAAAUACUGGAAAUACUACAGAUCUGUUACUGAAAUAACAGUGAGAUAUGGGGAUGUUACUAUACAGCCUUCUAGCACUUGUGGCUGGGGUAACAAGUGUGUUGGCAUGCUCCUGCGGAUAUUCACAUCCACAGGACACGUUCUGUAGUGUAGACUUUGUGUUCCUAGGUUGGCUGCGGUCAAAUGUGAAGGAAACAGAACCUAAUGGCUCAAUGACCAAGAAAUAUGAAGUCACCAUCAGGAAAGUCUUUAAAGCCAGACCCAAUGAUUUUGGGUUCAACGAAAACAUGACAGUUGGCAUCUUAUACACAGCAUCUCAUGACUCGCUGUGUGGAGUGGAAUUUUUGGAAAAACGAGUCAAGUUCCUUUUUACAGGCAGCUACGUGGAUAGUCAAUUGAACAUCGACAUCUGUACCACCAUCGGGAGCUAUGGUCAGGGCCCCAUGCCUUGGGCCUGGGUGUCUAAGAUGCAGAGAAAAUACCUCAAUAGAAUCUAUAGAGAAAAUUGUGAAUGUGUGGUAUUUGACACCAGCCCAUAUGCCUACAACAGUCCACAUUCAAGCAACAGCACUUGCAAGUGGGAUUCUAGAGGUGACCACAGUGAGUGCUAUGAAAGGCAGACGGCAUGCAUCAAGGACAGGAAAAGUCAUCUGGGAGACUGUAAAUGGCACAACAACCCCAAAAUGAAGGCUUGCAAACAAACAAAGUCAUCAGGCUUUCUAGAGCCCUGAAGUGAAAGCUCGUUCAGAAUGCUGGACUUGAACCCAUUGCUAGUGAUUGCAUCAAACUGCAAAAAUUCACAUGUAUUUCAUACUUUCUUAUGCUUUUGUGAAAUUCAAUCUGGUGAACAUAAUUUUUGUACACACAUUUUGGUAAUGGAGACCAUACAUGAACAAAAAGUGAAGCAUAAGCUCUUUUUAUUCAGCAGACUUUUAUUCAUUUGCAGUAGUUAUUUUAACUUCAUAUGAUGAACUGUUCAAUGUAUAAUUUUGUAUAAAUUAUGUUUUGAGA